AUGAAUGACCUUGACUUUGGCGAUGCCUUGAAUGUUGAACUUCAGAAGCUACAGAGACAAAGAGCAGUGAGGUCAUCAUCCUUAGAGGACCGCCGUUCAUCGUACUCACAGCGUACGACGUCCACUAUAACGUCGCUAGAUACGGGAAAGUCCUCAUCAGUUCUUGCAUUGUCUGAUCAGAAGACACUGAAAAUCCCUCUUACUCUUUCACACUGGGACUCUGUUGAUCAGACAUGCAAAUUAGAUGGCCCCCUAAGUCUACACGAGUCCACCAUUAUGAUGAACGCAGACACAGGACAGUCCCCUCCUAAGUCGGAGAGACAAUCCAUGGAGGACACUUCCCAGAAUCCAACAGAACAAAUGAACGGGCAGAUCAACUACGAUGAGAUCUGUAAUAUCAAAAAUCUCAAGGAUGAGGAAAUGCUACAAAGGGUACCAGAACUCGUCCAAGCUCUGAGGGGGUUAGAUGAGUAUGACCGCGCGGAAACAAUGAAGAUUUUGAAAAGUGUCGGUGACACGUACUGGAAUUUCCGAGCCAUUAGGAACAAAAUUGGCAAUGCUCUCGCUGACGAGGGGUUCGCAGAAAUUACCAUGAAGAUAUUGAAGACAUUAAAUGGGAAGGGGAUCUUUAAGAAUGACUCGAUAUGGUUUCCAGUGUACUACUGCUUUAAUACUCUGUGGAAUUACUCAGAUGCCUCUCAACUGCCAAGUUCUCAAGGUAAUUCAUUUCCGUUGACCAUUAACUGUGAUCAUGAACCCUCUAUCAAAAACCUUCAUUCCAAGGUAAUUUAUUUUUUUACCAUUAACUGUGAUCAUGAACCCUAUAUCAAAAACCUUCAUUCCAAGAAUGUGUAUUAUGUUGUUAAGGCUUCCAUGAGUAUAUUACACAAUAUCUCAAGAACAACAGAUAUUCAUCACUACUUCAAAGAAAAUGGCACCACUGAGGUGAUGCUGAAGUUUGCCACGUGGAAGGAUUUGACCUAUGAGAUGUUAAAGGUCAUGUCCCUUCUGACCUUGGCCCACAUAGUAGAGGAGGAGGAUAACGAUAAACUGAUUGAUGAAACAGGUGCCAUAGAAAGUUGUAUCAAAUACAUCACCAAGGCCUUAAAGAAUUCCAAAAGAAGACAUUUAGGAUUUACCCCUCAGGAAGUAAUGGACGGUCUGAGUAAACUGGCUGUCAACGACAAAAACAAGAAAAAGAUUAUUGAAGCUGGGGCAUUACCAGUUUUCCUUGAAAUGCUUAAAGGAGAGCACACAGAAGAACAAGCAAUCACAGCGAGGGCGAUAUGGAAUUUAUCGUUCGACAAGGAGGUGUGUCAACAAAUUGUGGAGUACCCAGAAAUGAUAGAGAGGCUGGAGAGCCUGACGAACAGUCAGGAUAAAAUCGUCGCAAAAAACGUCAGUGGAGCACUGUUUGUACUCAAAGGAGAGAAUGAUGUAUCAAAACGUCCAAAGUCUGCCAAGAAAAAUAAAGGCCAUGUGUUCAUCAGUUACUCCUGGAAUGAGAAAGAAAUUGUGAUGAAGAUCAGGGAGAGAUUAAAAAAAGAGGGAGUGGAGGUGUGGAUUGAUGUGGAGCGUAUGGGUGGAUCUACAUUGUCAGCUAUGGCUGAGGCAGUGGAGAAUGCAGCUCUAGUGUUAAUCUGUAUGUCAGAGAAAUACAAAGAGAGCCCUAAUUGUAGAUUGGAGGCGGAGUACACCUUCCAGCUCCGUAAGGAGUACAUUCCCCUGAUGGUCCAGAAGAGGUAUCGCCCGGACGGCUGGCUCGGAAUGAUUCUCGGAGCCAAGCUGUAUUUCGACUUCAGUGGAAAAUAUCCAUUUGAGAAGCCCUGGAAUGGAUUGAUGAAGGAACUGAAGAGCAUUGGGAGGCUCUCAGUACUGGAAAAUCCCACAACAG